CCAACUCCUUCUCGUCGUCAUUUAAUGCCAAACUUUGCAUGAAUUCGGUUCGCGUUAGUCCCGCUACAGAGUAGAAGUAGUGUUACUUUUUUCCUUACCUGCGGAAAUCCUCACGGAACGCGUGAGACAGCACGGCGGAAGUGGUUCGAUUGAUCCCCGAGUAGUUGGGAAUAGGCAGUGAAAAAAUAUUUCGACUGCGACGGCGGUGGCAGCCGGGGCAACGAUGUCCUGUGGCGAAUAGUGGUCUUUUUUUUCUGUGGCUGAUUAUACCCUCUAAUGCUGUUACUGUGUACAUUUACGGUGUGUGGUGCUCUUGAUAAUAUCGUUCCAUUUUUGGUUCAUUGCUAAUUUUUUUUUUUCUUUGGCUGCGACUAGCCUUUGGCACCCUUUUAUCAAAUCGAGGCAGAAGAGUGAUUGCGAUUAAUUGUUUUCGAUUGGAGUGCUGGGGAUGCAAAUCUAGAAGAAAGCGACAAUCAGUAAAUUCCGAUGCACCAGCUGAAGAAGAACCUAGCUGUUGGCAGAGUGGUAUUUUUUGUGCAAAGCUAAAAUCGGGACAGAAGAAAGAAACUAGCAGGAAUUCGAAGAAGUCGGAAAUAAUUAUUUUCGAUAACGGAGCACUCGUGAUUAUCAUCGGUGGUAUCCGCAACUAGCACAGAACUAGCUGCCGUAGCAGCUGCAGAGCCAAUAGACAGGAGAAAUAACACCUAGACGGAGGAGGAAACAUUUAUGAUUGGUGCUGGAGCUUACAACAUGCUUUUUGAAGAUCUCACAUAAGCGCAUCGAUCGAAGGACAAUGCAUGCAUUCAGAGUACGCCCCGGGGUACUAGUGUCCCCAUAGACUGACUGCGACAGCAACCAACGAGCAAGCGAGCGAAAAGCCAUUCAGCGAUCCAUUUGAGAUUAGUUUUUUCGGAAGCAAAUCGACAACGCAAAGAAAAGCAAAAUAUAUAGUGAGAUUACCUUAGUAUCUCGCUUACGCGAGUGUGUGUGUGUGUGUAGUAAGAUAAGCAACCAAGAGAGCGCUCAAGUCUAGUCAUUUCAUUCUUGCAUGUUCGCUGUUACUCGCUGUGAUAUCCCCAACAGAAAUCCAUACUCCAAAUCAGCUGCUCUCUAUCAACCCUCCAUUCCGGUGAAUCCCUCAAAGUCGUCUAUCGCAUCGACAACGUUUCCUCAAUUUUGCUUCAGUGGUGGUGAAGCUGUGUGUGCACCUUCAAAGCCCUCCUCUACACGACACCUGACUUGUUCCUAACUCUGUCAAGUGUUUAUACCGGGCUCGCAUGUUCAAAUCUCAGCAGCGCGGUACCGACAAUUAGUCCGGCGAUUAUUUGUAUUUUUUCGGGCCUUGUAUCGAUGGAAGAGAAUGCAAUCGGGGUUCGCGUGCGGUUCGAUAUAUUGCUGAUGAAUAAAAAAUAAUCAAGCAACAGAUAGUGACGAGCAAGGCAAAGCAGAAGAGCGAUUUGUGGUUGGUUAUCAGACCCCGUUUCGCACCGAAACUGGUUCAUAUUUUUUCGCGGAAAGUGUUCAAGAUCCGGUGGCCACAAAGGGUGAAAGGAGUUCGUUGUUGGCGGAAUUCAUCGCAAAAGUGUGUUCAAGAAGCUUUCGAUACGUAACUGAACCGAAGCUCUCCAACAACACCUCGUGACUGGAGGUUCUUAAGAAGAAAAACAAAGCAAAAAGUAUUACCUUUAGAGUUUAGUGAAAGAAGCAGCUCGAGGGGGAGUUUAUCCUUAAGUGUGAACCGUGAGAAGAGAAUCCAACCGAUCCACAAUGCCGGUGAAUGCCAUCGGAACCGAUCAGCUGAGCGGUAUCGAGGAAGAAUCGGACAUCUAUGAAGCAUUCGCACCGCACGUGGACACAGCCAACAUCUCGGUGUUGACCGACACCCCACCAGGGAAGAAACCAAACCUAAAAACAUUUCAAGAUGUGCAAUCACUCAUACAGCAGGGUAAGAAACGUGAAGCCAAACUAGUGCUAAGGGAAAAUUCGUGGCCCACAAAUUCGCCGAUCCGAUCGCAGCUAUGGCCGGCGCUCUGCACUCAGCACCACGUCGGCAAAACGAUGCUGGAUGGCUUCUACUGGGAUAUGGUGAAUCAGGUCUUUGGCACGACAGAACUACCCGAGAAACCCAUCAUGCUACCGCCCUUCGUCGAUUCCACCCACUGUCUACCAUAUCACUUAACGCGGAAAGGUCGGGCGGUGGCAGAUCGGGUUGUCAGUGUUCUCGGCUACGCGUGCCCCGACAUCACCUACAGUCCCACGCUGUAUCCCAUAACAGCUAUUCUGCUACAUUUUAUGUCCGAGGAAGAAUGCUACCACUGUAUGGCGAGUUUGGUGGCACCCAAGGAAAAAGUGUUUAUCACACAGACAAAACUACUGUACGAAGUCACCUGGAAGACUGUGAUGCAAAUUGCCAAAAAACAUGCGAAAUCCGCAGUACUGUAUUUAACGAGAUUAUGUCCGGGCCAGAAGUCGGAGCGCAUCUUCAUGGACUGGUGUUGGUGGAUCCUCGGUGGGCUUCCGUUUCCGCACCUGGUGCGGGUGAUGGACUGCUUCUUCCACGAGGGCAUCAAGGUGUUCUACCGGGUGUCCCUCGCCAUCCUCAUUCUCUUUCACAAACACUCGACCGCCACCAAUUCCGAGUGGGACGCCGACACGAUCAAGAACGACAUCGACAACGCGCUACCCAAGUUCUGCAAAAACAUCCCGGUCUCUCCGACCAAGCUCCUGCGGACAGCUUUUAGUAUAAGAGCACUUAGUUCAACCUACAUAUCUAGGAUUUUUCUAAAGACUGAAAUGGUACUAAAGAGUAAGUCAGUUCUUAGUGGUUCAAAGCAGAUGGUAAGAUCACGUUCUAGCGAUAAUUUACCAACGAGUCAAUCCCAAGUCAACGUACAAAUGAUGUCACAUACACUAACCAUUAGAGAGGGUGCCCAUUCUCCGGAUGUCAGAGUUUUAUCGAUGGGAGUUUUCCCGACUCAAUCAAUAAAGAGUAAAGUUUGUGAUCAGGAUGACCUUUUUACGCUUUGGUCCUGGCUGCCAGUUAGAAUAACAAUGUACCAACCUGUACUGCUCUACACAACGGAGGAGCACGGUUGCUCACUGACGACAUUCUACGUACGAGUCGAACAGCACGAACCCACAUUGCUGAUGAUCAAAACCUGCAAUAAUGAGGUGUUUGGUGCCUACUGUUCGUCACGGUGGUACGAGCGUAACGUGAGGAACGACCGCGGCCAGCGGCAAGCGUACUUUGGUACCGGCGAAACGUUCCUGUUCUCUCUCUAUCCGGAGCGCGCAAAGUAUCCCUGGGUCGGCAUCGAGGGUGACAAGGGCCUGGGCCACGCGUCAGAACUGUUUAUGGCCGCCGAUUCCAAGAUGAUCACGAUCGGGGGAGGUCAAGGACAAGCAAUCUGGAUGGACGAAAACAUUCGCUUCGGCAAGACGGACCGCUGCCAGACAUUCAACAAUCCGCCGCUCUGUGCCUCUGGCGAUUUUGAAAUACGAGUGCUCGAAGUGUACGGUUUUGUAGAGUGUGAAUAACGAUUGAGAGCUAGUAAGAUGAGAUGAGUUGCAUAACUAGACGUAUUAAGGCACUAUUUUAAGGGAUGUUUAUUUUGUUUCGUUUUUUGAAAUGAGAUGAGAACAAGUUGCAGCGUAUGUAAAGGUAACCAAAAAAAAAACACGCUUCAAUUAAAAGCCGAAUCCUUAAGUUAACUAAUCCCAAGCUCGCGCGCGUGUGCGCCUUCGUGUUUCCUCCUCCCCUGGUAGAAAUGAUGGAACUUUUCAUCACCACCACCGUAGGGAAAUGUUUAAUCAUUUGUCGUGUGUUGUUGUUACAUUCGAUGUGCGUUUUUUCUCUCUCUCGGGAAAUGUGUAUAACAGUCAUACAACGAACUCUUUAACACAUCUUAAUUCUUCUUUCGUUGCAUCUUUCUAUAACAUUGUUAUUCGUAACCGUUGCAGCAGUUGUUGAUCGACGCAAAUUUCCCCGUUCUCAAAUUGUUUGCUUUUUGUUGUUCUCUGCACCUAUACCUACCAACCUUAGAAGAGAGGGGUGGUAAAACAUUCCAACGAUCGCUAUAUCGAUCAACCAGUAACAGGGGGCGGGACGGAAGCUUAUAAAGAAAAAUUGAACCACUGAUUCUAGUCCAUCGCGCGCUGUCCUCAUCUUUUCCUUUGCCUUCUUAUUUUUUUGCGACACAAGUAUGUGUGUUUUGUAGAAUAAUCCGCGCUAAGCUUAGAACAACGAAAUCAAAUCAAUGAACUUAGUUUUAUGAUCCGUGUUGAUGUAGUUUUCGUGUUGUGUAUAAACAAACAUUUAUGUAAGCAUGUUUAUGAACUGGUAAAGGGGUCCAGUUCGGUGUUAGGCAUAGUUGGUGGAAACGGGAGAAGAACAGUGGAACUUUUUCCCGUAGGUGUAGAACUGGUUUAACAAUGCAUUACACGUAGAGCUGCACUCCUUGUACUCGUCCUUUAGAUUGUAAAAUAGAGUGAUCGUGAAGUUUUGUGAUCCCCCUUCCUAUUGGUUGAGAUGAAUUAUAACACACCCUUUGGCAUAGAGUAUGAAUGUAUUUGCCACAUAAUUAUACUAUUCCAGAAAUGGUACAGGCAUCGAAUCAAUUAAUAACUGUAGAAGUGCAUGUAGAACACUAAGGUCGCUGCCAUAGUGAGA